ACAGUAAUACCGUUAGUAAUCGUUGUCACUGACUGGUGUCUCGUCAGUAUUCAGUUAACGUCUUUCUCUGGAUCGUGAUCGUCUCCAUAAAUAGUAAUGUUAAUAAUAUUUAAACAAUAAAUACAAUUGCCAACGGAUAACUGAAAAGCGCGUAAUAAAAAUUUACUAUUUCUGUACUAUGUGAUAUUUAAAUUAAGUUGCAAAAAUGAAAUUAACGUUUUAGUAUUCGUCAUCCGUCCAUCAUAUUAAAAUUUUUUAUAUAUAUUAUUUUUAUAUCAUUGUUAUUAGUUUUUCUAAGUGAAUCCAAUUCAUUUCUGACAAUAUGACUACUAAACAGGAACCUGGAAUAGGAGACUUUGUCCUGUUGGAUGAAAUUACUAUCGAAAAGUUUAUGGAGAACCUAUCCUUGAGGUUUAACUCGGGAUACAUUUAUACUUAUAUUGGAGAAGUAUGUGUAUCAGUAAACCCUUACAGAAGUCUUAAUAUAUAUGGACAGGAUUAUGUUAACCAAUACAAAGGGCGGGAAAUUUUUGAAAACCCUGCUCACAUAUAUGCAAUUGCUGAUUGUGCACAUCGUAGCAUGAAAAUGCAUGGCCAAGAUUCUUGUAUAGUAAUAAGUGGUGAAUCUGGUAGUGGUAAAACUGAAGCCUCUAAAAUUAUUAUGAAGUACAUUGCUGCCGUCACUAAUGCAAGUGGUCAACAAGAAGUAGAACGAGUUAAAAAUAUUUUGAUUCAGUCCAACACAAUUCUUGAAACAUUUGGAAAUGCAAAAACAAAUAGAAAUGAUAAUUCUUCAAGAUUUGGAAAAUACAUGGAUAUCAAUUUUGAUUUUAAAGGUGAUCCAAUUGGAGGUCAUGUUGUAAAUUAUUUGCUUGAAAAAUCUCGUGUUAUCCAACAACAGAUUGGAGAAAGGAAUUUUCAUAGCUUUUAUCAAAUUUUAGCAAAUACUACUCACAGAGAAAUGAGUAAUUUAGGUCUUAAUCCAGAUCCACAACAUUAUUUUUAUACUCGACAAGGCAAAUCUGCAGUUACAUCAGUUGACAAGUCAGAUUUCCAAGCAACUAUCAAUGCUUGUAAAACGUUAGGUUUUUCAGCAGCUGAUAUUAAAACUAUUUGGAAUAUUGUUGCGGCAAUUUUACAACUAGGAAAUGUUAUAUUUUCUUCUGAUAAUGAAGAUACUAUUACUGUUACAAAUAGUCAUAGUAAUCCUGUUCAACAAGUUUCCAGAUUACUAGAAGUUGAUGUUAAUGAUCUAAUAAAAGCUUUAAGUACUCGUAUUAUAGCAGCCAAUGGAGAAGUUCUACAAAAAGACCAUACUCUUUCUCAAGCAGAAGUUGGAAGAGAUGCAUUAGCUAAAGCAAUUUAUGAUCGGUUAUUUACUUGGAUUGUUAGUAAAGUAAAUGAAGCUUUAGUACCAUAUAUUGAAAAUGACAAGUAUAAAGGCGGUACAGUAAUAGGUGUAUUAGAUAUUUAUGGAUUCGAAGUUUUUGAACAAAAUAGUUUUGAACAGUUUUGUAUAAAUUAUUGUAAUGAAAAACUGCAACAAGUAUUUAUUGAUUUGGUAUUGCGACAAGAACAAGAAGAAUAUCAAAAAGAAGGAAUUGCAUGGCAAGAAGUAAAAUUUUUCAACAAUCAAAUUAUAUGUGAUCUUGUUGAAAAAUCACAUCAGGGUAUUAUAGCUAUUAUGGAUGAAGCAUGUCUAAAUGUUGGAAAAAUAAAUGAUGAAAUGUUAUUAGAAGCCAUGGAUUCAAAACUAUCACAUCAUAAACAUUAUUCUAGUAGACAAGUUAAUACAUUAGACAAAGAUAUUAAACAUAAAGUUCAAUUUAAAAUUCGACACUAUGCUGGAGAUGUUGUGUAUAAUAUUUAUGGAUUUUUGGAAAAAAAUAAAGAUACCUUAUUUCAAGACUUUAAACGACUUCUUUAUUCAUCAAAAAAUAUUAUCAUCAAAGAAAUGUGGCCUGAAGGAGCACUUGAUAUAAAAUCAACAACAAAAAGACCAGUAACUGCUGGAAGUGCUUUUAAGAACUCAAUGAUUGCUCUAGUCAAAACUUUAAACAGUAAAACACCUUAUUAUGUCAGAUGUAUCAAACCAAAUGAAAAUAAAUCACCUGUUGGUAUUGAUUAUAAGAGAGUUAUUCAUCAAGUAUCAUAUUUGGGUUUAUUAGAAAAUAUUAGAGUACGUCGUGCUGGUUUUGCACAUAGACAACCUUACAGUAGAUUCCUUAAGAGAUACAAAAUGAUUAGUGGUUUUACUUGGCCAAAUUAUAGAUGUAGUGAUAAAGAGGCUACUAGAGCUUUGAUAGAUGAAAAUAAUUUUUCUAAUGAUGUCAAAUACGGUAAAACUAAAAUAUUUAUCAGGUCUCCUCAAACAUUAUUUUCAUUAGAAAAGAUGAGGGCUGAUUUGAUUCCAGCUAUAGUUGUGUUAUUACAAAAACAAUGGCGUGGAGCUAUUUGUAGAGCUAGAUUUAGAAAAAUGAAAGCUGCCUACUUCAUUAUUCAGUAUUACCGCCGCUAUAAAAUUCUAAAUUAUAUUAAAUCUGUCCUUCAGGCAUAUCGAACUUGUGAGAGAAUGAAUAAUUCUAAAAUACCAAUGGUUUGGCCUCAUCCAAAUUUCGCUGUACGCCAAUUAGAACUUCCAUUGAAAACUAUACAUAAGCGGUGGAAAGCUUAUAAAUUAUUAAGUCCUCAUCCUAGAAGUGAAUGGCCACAAAUACGGUGUAAAAUUCAUGCUGCAAGUCUAUUAAAAGGAAAACGAUCAAGUUGGGGAGGAGAACGUUUAUGGCGAGGAGAUUACUUAUCAUCACCAACAGAAAAUCUUGAGAAUGCAAACUAUUCAGUUGCUUUGAAUAACUUAAGAAACUCUGAUAGAUUUGAUCAAAUAUUAUUUUCAAGUUUUAUCCAUAAAACCAAUAGAUUCAAUAAGUGUGCAGACCGUGCAAUAUUAAUAACUGAUUGGGCUAUUUAUAAAUUAGAAGUCACAAAAUUUAAACCAAUGAAAAAAGGAAUGCCUAUUCAAGAAGUAACUGGUUUAAGCGUAAGUCCUGGACAAGAUCAAUUAGUUGUCAUACAUUCAAAUCGUGGUAAUGAUCUUGUAGUUACUUUAAAACCAAUUGCAGAUUCGACAGAAGACAGAAUUGGUGAGCUUAUUGGAGUUGUCAGUACUCGUUAUUUCCAAUUAAGAAAUACAGAACUUCCAGUUAAUGUAUCUAACAAAUUCAAUUGCAUGUUGGGUAAAAAAUCACGAAUGUUAAGAGUUGAAGUAAGUCCUCAAACAUCUAGUGCAAGUUUUCGUAAAGAUACUAAUGAUGGAAUUGUGUACAUUAUACCACCAAAUAUUGCCACACACCCUUAUAUUAAGGCAUAAUAUUUCAAAUAAAUACCAAUAUUAAUUAAUCGUAAUAAAAUAUUAAACCAUCAUGACAGAAAAAUUGUUAAAUGUAUAACUAUUAUUGAAUUUACUUUACCAAUGUCCAAAAAUUAAAUAAAAUAAACUCUCAUAAUGAUAGUAUUGUAAACUAAUAAGAAUAGUUGUAGAAUAACUUUUGAAAUUUUAGUUGACAAAAAAAAAAAUCUACCAUCUGAAUUUUGUGCCUUAUUUAUUUUAAAACUGUGAUUUACAUAUUUUUGUAUAGUUUAUUUUUUUAAUAUUGUGUAAAAUUAUGUAAGAAUUUUAUAAUAUUCAUCACACAUUUAAACUUGUUUAUAUGUUUAAUCUAAAUCUUCUUUAUAUAUCUGUAGAAUUUUUGUUAAUUAUUAUUAUAACUAUUUUAUUAACCAAAUAUUCACUAAACAUCUUUAAAAUAAGUGAUUUAUAAAUUAUGUAUUUUUGAAAAAUGGUUAUGAAGUAUUAAUUAUUACAUGUACAUAUAAAUAUUUAUGUUUUAUUGUGCAACUUUUUUUUUAUGGAGACCAUUUUGUUUUCAUAUUUUUUUAUUAAAUAUUUCAUGUUUAUUAUAUAUUGUUAUGAUAGAUUAACAUAGAUUAAAGAUAGAAAUUGAAAUAUUUAAAAGUAUAUUUGUUAAAUACUUUGUUCAUAUUCUAUUAUUAAAUGC